UGCCAUGGCAGUUUGAGGCGACGCUAUCUAUGUGUGGGUGUAACUUUACUUCCCCGUUCAUUUAGCUCAUACUAGCAGUAGUAGUUGUUGUAGUAAUAGCGGUUAUUUGUUGCCCCCCCAUCAUCAUUUUUACAAUGUCAGUGGCUCCUGUUCGGAAAACAGUCUUUGGCAGCAGACAGGAGAGGAAACUCUUCCCCCUCCAUUACGCACCUGACAGACUGGGAAACCAAAUGCCACGACAGCAAGCUCUGCUUGUUGGUCCUGGUUCCUAUGACAACCACGAGUAUGACACCAUCAUUUAUAACCUGCAGAAGACACCGGGCAGUGUGAGAGGAUAUGGUCUCUCUGCAAGGACUGCUGCACGAUUUCUGCCUGAUGACAAGAACUCGACCCCUUCACCUCAGCAGUACCAGCAGGAUCAAAGCCAGUCCACAAUCCCCCCUCCUGGAAAAACACCGUUCAACUCAACUACACGGAGGUUCGAGACCAGGACAGGUACAGCUGAGACCAGUCCAGGACCUGGGACCUACAAACAUGAUGUAGUGACAAACAGGAAGGUGAGCUGGCCAAUGUGCUUUGGGAGUCCAGACCGGUUCAGACUGCCUCAGCUUGAGAAGAAGUCCCUCAGGGUGAUGCUUCAUGAUGAAAAGGUGUUUCUGAAGCAGAGAAGCAGAGUGGCCUACCUGAGUUUGUACUAUUAACUCUUAAAAACAUAAGACUGUGUC